CCGGUCCAAAAGGACAGCCGAGCCUGUCAUGCGAUUCAGCAUCACCGUCGCCUUGGCCGUCUUGCUGGGUGUGACGGCCAUUGACAUCCCUCCUCAGUCGGUGCCAACAAGAAUCGUCUCCACCAAGGGUCCACUUUUCGUAGACGAACUUGGGAGAUCCCGCAUUUUUCAUGGCACAAAUGUCGUCUACAAAGGUGCUCCAUGGCAUCCUGACAUCAGUCCGGAGGCCUUGCCCCGAUGGUCUUUCAAUCAAGAUGACAUUGACAUUCUGGCUUCGCAUGGUGUCACUGCAAUUCGCCUCGGGAUAAUGUGGCCUGGUGUGGAGCCUGUGCGGGGCCAGUAUAACUAUACGUACCUAGAGGUGAUGAAGACCAUCGUCCAGAGAUGUUCGGAUGCGGGCAUCUACGUCCUUCUCGACUUUCAUCAGGAUGGCCUCAGCGAAAAAUUCUGUGGGGAGGGCGUACCUUUAUGGGCAGCGCAACCCGCGCAUUCCCCGCUUAACCUACUGGGAUUCCCCGUGCCCAUUGAGGCCCGGCCUUACAAACUCCAAGAGAAUGGUGUUCCUACACCAGAGGACUGUGGCAAGCAUUAUUAUGAUAAACUUCAGUUCUCAUAUGCUGCGGGCACAGCCUACCAACGACUAUAUGAUAACUAUGAUGGGCUACGAGACUCCUUUGCGAAUUAUUGGAAGCUUGUCGCCCAGACAUUUUUACCAUUCAAGAAUAUCCUUGGAUACGAUCUUAUAAACGAGCCAUGGGCCGGGAAUGUUGUUUCCAAUCCCGGGCUUCUCGUACCUGGGGUUGCCGACAGAAUGAAUCUACAGAAUUUCUACGACGUUAUAGCCACGGCCAUCAGAUCCGUUGAUCCCAACGCAAUGAUUUUCUUCGAAUCUGUGACAUGGGACAAUUUUGUGGUAGGAUUUACCCAUGCGCCCGGGGGUACCCAGUAUGCCUCAAAAUCUGUGCUGUCGUUCCACCACUACCAACCUCCGCAGCUCUUUAAUCUUAAUGCUACCUUCGUCGAGCGGUCUCUGGAUAUGUUGCGCCUUCAAAGUGGGGGAAUGCUAACCGAGUUUGAAAUGGGAUGGAAAAAUGGCGGGAACAUCGAGUACAUCCGAGAUGUUUCCCGACUCGCUGACAAAUACUUUUUCUCCUACACUGGAUGGGAGUACACGGAUUACAUACCUAUCACUGGCACCAACAAUGGCAUCCGGGAUCCGGAGACCGGGCUCGUCCGACCGGACAUGGCCGAGGUAUACAGUCGCACCUACGCGACCGCAAUCGCAGGCAUCCCGCUUUCAAUGUCGUUUGACGACAAAACCGGGUUGUUCACUCUCACGUUCGUCAGCGAUGGUACCAUUCAUCCCACUGAAAUUCGUGUCAAUUCUCCACGCCAUUACCCGUCUGGAUACAGCGCUGCUGUGCAGAGUGCUUCUGCAGGCUUCCGUGUUCUACAGCCAAACGAAGGAGCAAAGGAUGGGUUCAUCCAUGUAGUGCGGGAGCAGCCAGGACGACCCGGGGCAAAGGUAACUGUCACAGUCUCCAGAACUUGACCGCAUCUUAUAAGAGAAGAUAGAUAAGAAUAGCCUCGUACGUUUUUGUUAGAGUCAUAAUUAGUUGAAUAGAUGGUGAACAAUGAGGGC